AUAUGUUAUCAUAGGAAUGUCAUAAUGUUAAGGUGUGGCAGUGAGUGUAGAAUAACUCCCACUAAUGGCUACUGUUGCUGGUAUCUACUGGUGUCUUGUGUUGACUGGAUGUAUGAUUGUAUCUGCAACUGGAGUAUUGACUCAAACCUCUCCACCUUAUUCUCCAGUGUGUCCUAAUGAUGAACUAGUACUGACUUGUGUAUUUGAUCUCACUCAUGGUACAGAAGAAAUAUACUGGCGAUCAGAUAAUUCUAAGGCAUUUGAUGCAAUCUUCAAUAAUACUGUACAAUCAUUGGGUAGCUUCUCAGUACUUACACUAAUCAACAGUACUGCAAUAGUAAUUACUGCUACUAGUGACUCUAUUCCAUUGUCUGCUAAUGGAGUAAGAGUUGGUUGUAGAGUUUCAUCACAAAUAGAAGAUACAAUUAUUAAUAUAUCAGGUCCACCAACAGUAGUUAGUAAUGUCACUAUUGGUAUAACUGAUGAUGAUGCUUUAUUAGUUAAUUGGAAUGCAGACUACUGA